UAGACAGCAAGUGCAGAGCAGCUCAUACACACCCCACACUGCGAGGCUGGAGAAACCCUCGACAUGUGACCGCUGCUGACUGUCGACACGUACUUUCAUUUUAUCUUUCUUUUCCAAUUUGAUUUCCUUCGUCCUAAAGACUCCAGGCAGGACUCGUAAUCAAGCGCCGCGCAGUCGUCCCGUGGAUUUCAUCAGGAAUAAUUCAUCCUCGUUUGGCAAUCCUCGCUCGUUUCUCGGACGAACCUGCUGAAGGACGAGGAGCGAGUGUGUACACAAGAGAAUAAAAGCGUCUCACUGACCUCCAGCAAUAACCAGCGCCAACCCACGACGACACCUGUGCUUCAACAGCACUAUUUAUUUAUUUUUCGCCACUGGAGAAGCGUUGAAAGGGAUUUUUUAUCACUUUCGGAGUCAAGUCGGUUCAUCUCAGUGUGGACAGUGCAGGUCUCAGAGGCAGCCCCUUAACUAUGGGAUUUCAGAACUACUGAGGGAACUUCCACAAAAGGAGGGAAAAGGGGCCGGCAACGGGAACAAAAGGAGAGGAUUGAGCUUUUGAAAAGAGGAUCAGUUCUUUCAGACUCAGUGGGGUGCAUGCUGCCCCCUCAACUGGACGUCCUCUUUUGUGCGAGCAAGAAAAAAUAAAAGCAGACAUGCGCAAUAAACUGAGAAAGUCCCGGGAUGGGGGAUGCCCCAUGAUGGGGCAGAGGGACAGGACUUUUCUGGUGCUGCUGAUCGCAAUGGUGCUGACAGUAACAGAAGUGCGGGCUUCCUGGGAUCAGAACCCAAUGGAAGUUCUAGGUGAUGUAGGGCAGUUGGAGGCAUCUAUGCACUCGGCGGUGCUGUCAGACCUACAUGAGGUGGAAGCGGCAGUAGCUGCGGUGUCGCAGCCCGUUGGCUUCCCAGACUCCUCAGCGGUGGUGGGCCGGGUGUUCCAAAUGUUGGUGCCCAUCAAAGCGAAGAACUCCAGGAGCACAGUAAAGAUCACAGAAGCAAGCAAGGAUGUGCUCCCAGCAUGGUUGCACUGGGAUGCAGAGAGUGGCACACUUCAAGGCCUUCCUCUAGAGACAGACAAGGGUGUUCACUACAUAUCUGUUUCUGUUUCUAAUGAGAGCCAAGUCUCCCAUAGCCCGGAUGUGUUCUCCAUUGAGGUGCACCCAGAGGAGCAUGCUGAUACUGACCCUUUUCAGCUUGCAAUUCAACAGUCAGCCAGCAAUGAUGUCCAACCUUUCAUCUGUGGCAAUGAGGAACCUGUUACUGUCCUUACUGUCAUUCUGGAUGCUGACCUCACAAAGAUGUGCCCGAAGCAGAGGGUGGAACUACUUGCUAACAUGAAGAAGUUCUCUGGCAUGGGACUUCAGCACAUGAAGAUUUUGCCUGUGGUCAACAACCGUUUGUUUGACAUGUCUGCUUUCAUGGCAGGCCCGGGAAAUGCCAAGAAAGUGGUUGAAAAUGGAGCCCUUUUGUCCUGGAAACUUGGUUGCAGUCUGGAUCAAAGCAGCAUUCCUGAUAUCAGUAGUGUUCAGGUUCCAGCAAAAGAGGGAACCAUGUCUGCACAGUUGGGAUAUCCGGUCGUUGGAUGGCAUAUCGCUAACAAAAAGCCCUAUGUACCUAAAAGGGUGCGAAGGCAGCUCAACAACACCCCCACUCCCAUGCAAUCAUUACCACCCCCAACAACUUACCCUGACCCCCCAACCCGUAUCGUUCCCACACCGACUUCUCCAUCUAUUGCUCCUACCUCAGAGAGUUCUGCCCCACCUGUUCGUGGUCCUAUGCCACUUCCUAUGAAACCUACCAUUCGAAACAAAGAUCCCCCUGCUUACACUCCAACUUUAGGCCCCCCUCAGCCAACACGAGUAAUAGACACCACCAGCACAAUCACCAUCCAGCCCACCAUGACCAGGCCUGUGUAUGUUGGGCCCUCUGUGACCCCAGCAACACCCACCACCAGGAAACCGACCAGAAGACCUACAAAGAGACCCAAGACAACUCCGAUACCAAGAGAACCCAAGACUACCACAACCAAGCCACCAAGGCGCACAACACCCCCUGUUAUCCAAAUCGAAGGCAAUAUAAAACCCCAGCUGCAAAACCCAAUCGACCAGGUGAAUGCCUACGUUGGCACCUACUUUGAGGUGAAGGUUCCACCUGAUACAUUUUUCGACAAAGAGGAUGGAACUACUGAUAAGUUGAGACUCACCUUGCGCAAGGGCAAUGAUGUGGUUGGAGAUGAUUCUUGGAUACAGUUCAACAGCACAAGCCAGUUGCUCUAUGGAUUACCAGACCAGGGGCAUGAAGGAAAACAUGAGUAUUUCAUGCAAGCAACUGACAAAGGAGGUCUCUAUGCAAUAGAUGCCUUUGAGGUCCGUGUUAAUCGAUGGGGAAACAAUGUUAAGUCACCGGUCUUGUUUACUGCUGUAUUUGAAGGAGAUGCACGUUCAGUCACCAAUGACAUUCACAAGAAGAUCCUUCUCGUCAAGAAACUGGCCCAGUCUUUUGGUGAUCGCAACAGUAGCACUGUUACACUGAAAAACAUCACGAAGGGAUCUAUCAUAGUUGAAUGGACCAAUAACAGCCUUCAGCAAAACCCCUGCCCAAGAGAGCAAAUACAGCAGCUGAGCAGAAGAAUCUCUAAUAAUGAGGGUAGACCCUCACCACAGUUCACACAUGUUAUGGAACCAGAUUUCAAGGCCUUAAAUAUCAAUGUCAGAGGCACAGCAAGCUGUCGCAAUUACAUGUUUGUCCCAUUAGGUGAGAUCCCAGAUCCGACCACCUCUCCUGUUACUCCCGCUGUGGGUGCUGGAAGACAGAGCAAUGAUGAUGUGUAUCUUCACACCGUCAUUCCGGCAGUGGUGGUUGCAGCAAUUUUGUUGAUAGCGGGAAUCAUUGCCAUGAUUUGCUAUCGCAAGAAGCGCAAGGGCAAGCUGACAAUCGAAGACCAAGCAACUUUCAUCAAGAAAGGAGUGCCCAUUAUUUUUGCGGAUGAGCUUGAUGACUCUAAGCCACCCCCAUCUUCCAGCAUGCCCCUUAUCCUUCAAGAGGAGAAGCCUCCGCUUCCUCCACCAGAGUAUCCCAACAUGGCUAGUCCAGAGACAACACCUCUGAACCAGGACCUUUUGGGAGAGUAUACACCACUACAUGAUGAGGAUCCUAAUGCCCCUCCCUACCAGCCACCACCACCCUUCUCUACACCAAUGGAGGGGAAAGGAUCCCGCCCCAAGAACAUGACCCCAUACAGAUCGCCACCCCCUUACGUGCCACCCUAAUGUUUGCCAAAACCUCCGGAGCAGGAGGAUGGGGAACUUUUGUAGUUCCACACCAGUGCGUUGUUUCUUUGCAUUAUGGGAUUUUUAGAAGGGGCGGGGGGUGUUGCAAGUUGGGGUUUGAAUGUGAUGGGAUGAUUUUGUUAAACUGAACUCUUAAGGAGAUGUGGGAGGGUGGGGCAAGUGAAUAGUCUACAAAGGACAGCAAAAACAACCUCAGCCUCUGACUACUCUGGUUAUUGCUAAACUGUUGGGAUGUACCCUCCAGUCCUGGCAUUUUGUGUCUCGAUGGGCUUUUUUGACUAAUUAUUGGUUAUGUUUUGAUUUUAAUUUUCUUUUUUUUUUUUGUUUCACGAUUUUCUGACUCAGAAUCAAAACUCCUUGCCUAACAGCACUCUUUCUAUCUUCUGAAUUCGUUAAUCUUGGAUAAUAUAAGUGGACAAUAAAGCUGACUGCAGGUGCAAAAGGUUUCAUUGAGAAAUUCAAUAACGGAAGGGGAAUAAAAGAAUGGCCUUGAGGGACUUGGACAGCCAUGCAGACAGUUACGUGAGAUGUCGAUUCAUUAUGGUUUUGCCUUUUAACACACAAUUAAACCGUUUUUAUUGUUCUUCACAUUUCUAGUUAAAUCACUACAAGAAGAGGUAGCCAAAAUGAAAGAUUUGUUUAAUCCACUGUAUAUUUGAAAGUUGUUAUGCUCGAUCACCUUUAAU